AGCAGCACGUUCCAAAACAAAGUGCUGUAGAACUGUAAAUGUAGUAAAUAUUCAAUUUGCACGAUACUUUUUGAUAGAUAGAAGUAGUCUGUGUGUAUAUAGUAAAUAUGCCAUGUAAUUUUGUACUCUGGACUUUGUGAACUGUUGCCAUGAAGUCGAAUAGCUAGCCAAUGAAUUAGCUAGUGGCACUGGCUACACAUAGCUAACGUUAACGUUAGGUAGCCAUGGCUGCAGCCACUGAGUGUUUCUUGACUGUUGUUAAAUGUGUAGUUAUAGUUAUAAUGUAGUUAUAUAAUCUUCGUCACUUUUAAAGUCGUUGCAUGUUAACACGUGAGUCAUUUGCAGCAGGUAGUUUUACAUGCCACGAAAAGGGAAAAAGUCUGAGGUUAAGAAGAAACGCUGGCAAAAGUCCAAGCUCUCUGGCUGCGGAACGUCAGAUGGAAGUGAGGGUCUACCACAGUCUUCUGACUGGGCUCAGUCCCAAAGGAAAGCAGAGGCAGCGCUCAGUCUUUACCGGCCUUUAUUGUCAACCUAUAAGAAAUAUGGCAAACUAUACAGGAGAAGGUGGAAGAGGAAAGAAUCUCGCAAAAGGGGACUAGGGAUAAAAGAUUUUUCACGACUGAUGGAGAUGGAGAUGGAGGUGGACUUGGAGGGUCUGGAGGAGGAGCUGGGGGUGUCGCUGGACGAGCUGAAGCAGUGGAUCGAGGAGCAGGUGGAGCAGAGUGAGGCGGUGCAGCAGCGGAAGGCCCAGCUGGCCGAGCUCUCCGACUGGGUGGAGCAGAAGGAGAAGGAGGUGGCUGCCGUGGAUAGCCUCUGCCUCAAUGCUUCAGAAUCUGUUGGAGAGUGCGAGGAGCUGGUCAAACAGGUGUACACUAAGAUGGGUCUGACGUACCGAGAGAGCAGUUCGGAGGAUGAAGGAGGCGGUGUUGUUGAGGCUUCGGAGGUCAUUGAGAUCGAUGAUGACGACGACGAUGACGUGAUUGCUGUGGGGUGUGUGGUCCCACCGAAGAAAAUCACCACACCAGGGAAAGACUCUGUGCUGAAGGAGGCGUCUGCAGCACUCCAGCGUAGUUCCCAGCAGGUCCAGAAGCUGGCUCAGACGGUCACGAGCCCGACGGCCCCCUCUCCCUCCGUUGGCUCCAGCCCCCAGAAGUCCCCCAUGGGCCCAACUCCGCUGCGUUCAGGGGGACUCAACGUCCCAGCCGUGUUUGUCUCGCAGGCACCCCGCAACGCUCCCACCCAGCCCAACGCCAACCUCAAGGAGGACACCAUGAAGGUGGACAUGACUAUCCUGGGCAAGAAACGGACCAAAACAUGGCACAAAGGCACCCUCAUCGCCAUCAAGGCCAUAGGUAGCACUUUUAAAUAUAAGGUGAAGUUUGAGAACAAGGGGAAGAGUUUGCUGUCUGGCAACCACGUCGCGUUUGACUACAACCCCACCCUGGAGCGGCUCUAUGUGGGCGCCCGCGUCGUAGCCAAGUACAAGGAUGGCAACCAGGUGUGGCUGUACGCUGGUGUCGUUGCGGAGAUGCCCAACAGCAAAAACCGCAUGAGGUUCCUGAUCUUUUUCGAUGAUGGGUAUGCCUCCUAUGUCAGCCUGCCAGAGCUCUUCCCAGUCUGCAGACCAAUGAAGCAAACGUGGGAGGACAUUGAGGAUGCGUCGUGCAGGGACUUCAUCCAGGAGUACAUCACAUCCUACCCCAACCGGCCCAUGGUGCUGUUGAAGCCGGGCCAGCUCAUCAAGACCGAGUGGGAGGGCACGUGGUGGCGCAGCCGCGUGGAAGAGGUGGACGGCAGCCUUGUCAAGAUCCUCUUCCUGGAUGAUAAGCGCAGUGAGUGGAUCUACCGUGGUUCUACACGCCUGGAGCCCAUGUUCAACUUGAAGAUGAACACUGCUAACAACCAGGAGAAGAAAGUGGCAGGACAGCUGAGGACUCGGCCCAAUAUGGGAGCCUUGAGGAGUAAAGGUCCUGUGGUCCAGUACACCAGUGAUAUAAGGGCAGCGGCCCAGACCGUCGUCCAGAGACCCCUCACCACCCAGCCUGCUCUCCCAAAGCCGGUCCCCACCACCCCCACACAGACGCCCCGCCCAGAGAGCCCAGACAGCCGCUUUAAGUACCAGGUGGCGAAGAAGAGCACCACGCCCUACAUUCCCCAGCGCCCAGGCCUGCUCCCCGCCCACCAGGCGUCCAUCAAAACCGUCGUGCCCAUUCCCAGCCAGGGCACCCCAUCCAGGUACUUUCUGGUCCAGGCGGGUGCGGUGCAGGCCUUGUCGACAACAGUUGUCCCUCCCCAGCCACCGUCCUUCCAGGUGCCCCCCCUCCCCCCGCCUCCCUCCACCUUCCUCAACGAGCGAAUCCCACAGGAGCCGUCCUACCAGGCGCCCAACGACCGCCUCUUCUACAUGGCGCACACCUGCUCGCCCGAGUGUCUCAGGCGCGUCCGACCAGCACAGGUCGACAAGUACCGCAGGCGCAACCCACUGCUCACUCCCCUGCUCUACGAGUUCCGCCGCAUGACUGGACGCAAGCGCCUCAACCGCAAGAUGUCCUUCCACGUGAUCUACAAGGCUCCGUGUGGACUGUGUCUGCGGAACAUGGCGGAGAUCGAGCGCUACCUGUUCCAGACACACUGCGACUUCAUCUACCUGGAGAUGUUCUGCCUGGACCCCUACGUGCUGGUGGACCGCCGCUUCCAGCCGCAGCGGCCCUACUACUUCAUCCGCGACAUCACCUUAGGCAACGAGGACAUUCCGCUGUCGUGCGUCAACGAGAUUGAUACCACUCCACCACCCGAUGUCGUGUACAGCAAGGAGCGCAUCCCUGCCGACGGCGUCUUCAUCAACACUGACGAAGACUAUCUGGUGGGCUGCGACUGCACCGACGGCUGCAAGGACAAGUCGAAGUGUUCGUGUCACCAGCUGACCAUACAGGCCACUGGCUGCACUCCUGGAGGCCAGCUCAACACCAGCGCCGGCUACACGCACAAGCGGCUGGACGAGUGCCUGCCCACAGGGAUCUAUGAGUGUAAUAAGCGCUGCCGCUGUAACCAUCAGAUGUGCACUAACAGGCUGGUGCAGCAUGGCCUACAGGUGCGCCUGCAGCUGUUUAAGACCCAGAACAAGGGCUGGGGCAUCCGCUGCCUAGACGACGUUGCUAAGGGCUCGUUUGUCUGUAUCUAUGCAGGCAAGAUCCUAACAGACGACUUUGCGGAUAAGGAGGGUCUGGAGAUGGGCGAUGAGUACUUUGCCAACCUGGAUCACAUCGAGAGUGUGGAGGCCUUUAAGGAGGGUUACGAGAGCGAGGCCCACUGCUCAGACAGCGAGGGCAGCGGAGUGGACAUGAGUAGAGUCAAACUCAACGCCACCCCCACCCUGCAGGUCAAAGCCUCCGUCAAGAACGAGGACAGCAGCAGCAACGGCGGCAAAGGCAAAGAUGAUUCCUCAGGAGAUGGAGAAGAAGACGAAAAUGAGGACUCUAAUGACGACGAUGACGACAGCUCGGACGACACAUUUGUGAAGGACCCAUACUACUCCUCCAGCUCCGUGUGGAGGAGCUACACCACACGCAGACAGGCCAAGGGCAUUAAGGAAGGGAGCCAGGACAGUAAGGAUGGCAUGAGUGUGUUGACGGAUGUGAAGGAGGAGCGUAAGCCGCCGCCCAUGCCUGAGGAGAGCGGGAAGAGCAAGGUGGCCUCGUGGCUCAGCUCCUCCCCUGCCACCAGCAGCGCUGCCAAGACCGAGGGCAUCAAGGCCGAGGGCAUCAAGGCCGAGAAGAAGGAGCCAGUGGAGUCUAAGAUAACUGUGAAAACGGAGGGAGGCAAAAAGGCAAUGGAUGUGAUGAGCCUCUCCGAUAGUGACGAUGUCCAGACCAUCAGCUCAGGCUCAGACGACAACAAGGAGCGAGAGAAGAAGACGCAGGCUGUGGUGAAGAGGCAGGUGGCAGUGAAGUCCACGCGGGGCAUCGCUUUGAAGACGGCUCAUGGCAUGCUGGUGAAGACAGGGCCGGGAGGAGGAGGAGGAGGAGGAGGAGGAGGGGGCGACUCCGGCCCCAAGUCUACACGACAGUUCUUCGAUGGUGAGGAGUCUUGUUAUAUCAUUGACGCCAAACUGGAGGGAAACCUUGGACGCUACCUCAAUCAUAGCUGCAGUCCCAAUCUCUUUGUACAGAAUGUGUUUGUCGAUACUCAUGACCUGCGUUUCCCAUGGGUAGCCUUCUUCGCCAGCAAGCGUAUCCGGGCGGGCACAGAGUUGACGUGGGAUUAUAACUACGAGGUUGGCAGUGUAGAGGGCAAGGAGCUGCUGUGCUGCUGUGGAUCCACAGAGUGCAGGGGCCGCCUGCUGUAACUGUCCCAAACACCCGUCACGCACCGCAAAAACACUCCCACGGCACAGGGCGGCCUGAACAAACAGGACGAAGCAGAGGAGCGCAGAAACAUGCAGCAGGGACAAGCAGGCGGACAAUCUUACACACACACACACACACACACACA